GCGCGGCGCGGCGGGACGCGGCGGCGGCCGUGGGGCGGCGCGGCGCGGCGCGGCCCGGGCGGCUGCAGCAUGGCGGUGCCGCCGCCGCUGCUGCGCGCCGUCAUCACGGGGCCGCCGGGCUCGGGCAAGGGCACCAUCUCCGCCCGCAUCGUCACGCACUUCGCCCUCAAGCACCUCUCCAGCGGCGACCUGCUGCGCGACAACAUCCAGCGCCGCACAGAAGUUGGAAUCCUUGCCAAGUCUUACAUUGAUCAAGGGCGGCUUAUUCCAGAUGAUAUCAUGACACGACUGGUGCUGAGCGAGCUCAAAGGUCUGGAGCGGUACAACUGGCUGUUGGAUGGUUUCCCUAGAACAGUUGCUCAGGCAGAAGCUCUGGAUAAACAGUGUCAAAUAGACACUGUGAUUGACCUAGACGUGCCAUUUGAGACCAUAAAGUACCGGCUCACUGCACGCUGGAUCCACCCUGCUAGUGGCAGAGUCUACAACCUUGAAUUCAGUCCUCCCAAAGUGCUGGGCAUUGAUGAUAUUACUGGAGAGCCACUUGUUCAGCGUGAUGAUGAUAAGCCAGAGACGGUUACCAAAAGACUGCAGGCUUAUGAUGCACAAACAAAACCUGUUCUAGAGUAUUAUCGGGGAAAAGGGUUGUUGAGAUCCUUCUCUGGAACAGAAACCAAUAAGAUCUGGCCACAUAUCUAUGCUUUCCUCCAAACCAAGUUGCCAGAUGUAAGCCAGAAAGAUGCUGCCAGCCCCAGGUGAAAUUAGGUCUAACUUCUGCUCAUCUGUCAUAGCACAGACUUGAUUACAUGAGAUUCAGCAAUCAAGCAUUUCACAAAGUAGUGUACCAGACCGAUUAAUAAUUAAAAUCUAGUAUUGUCCUCAAGUUACCUGGUGAUAACACUUUAAGUCUCCUAUGGUGCCCACUUUAAUUCUGUACUUUUAUAUAAAAUAUGCCUAAUUUUUAUAAUACACUUCAAAAAAAAGCA